AGUGUGGUUUUCUCUCAUUCUCUGUGGUGGCCUGGCCGCACAAGUCACAGCCAUACAGGGAGAGAGAGAGAGAGAUCACUUCACAAGCAAGAAUGGAAGCACCUCCUUGUUGCCACUCCAAGAUCCUUCACUACCAUAGCUAAGCUAGCUACUCGUAUCCUCUUCUCUCUCUGCUUCUGCUCUUCCGACGAGUAGAGCAUAAUCCAUCCGGAGGAAGAGAGUGCAAUCGAUCAGCUGAGCUAAGCUUGCCUGGUGAUCGAUCGAUCACGGAGCUCGCCACCGGCGGCGGCGGAGGAGGAGACGAUGGAUGAGCAGCUGAGCCCGGUGGCCGUGACGCACUUGCUGCAGCACACGCUGCGGAGCCUCUGCACCAGCGGCGACGACUCCCAGUGGGUCUACGCCGUCUUCUGGCGCAUCCUCCCCCGCAACUACCCUCCCCCAAAAUGGGAUCUCCCCGGUGGGGCAUACGACAGGACAAGAGGAAACAGGAGGAACUGGAUCUUGGCGUGGGAGGACGGGUUCUGCAACUUCGCGGCCACCUCCGCCGCCUGCGGCGACGGCGCGGCGGCGGCUUACGCGGCCGCGGAAUGCGAGGAGACGAAGCAGGUUGGCGUCGCCGGCGGCGGCCUGCAGCCUGAGCUCUUCUUCAAGAUGUCCCAUGACAUCUACAACUACGGCGAAGGGUUGAUAGGGAAGGUGGCGGCGGACCACAGCCACAAGUGGGUGUUCAAGGAGCCGCAGGAGCAAGAGAUCAACCUCAUCUCCUCCUGGAACAACCCUGCCGAUUCUCAUCCGAGGACAUGGGAGGCGCAGUUCCAGUCUGGUAUCCAGACCAUCGCCCUGAUCGCUGUCAGAGAAGGCGUCGUGCAGCUCGGCUCCAUGAAAAAGGUGGCGGAGGACCUGAGCUACGUGGUGGCGCUGCGGCGGAAGUUCGGGUACCUGGAGAGCAUCCCGGGUGUGCUGCUGCCACACCCGUCGUCGGCGGCGGCGGCGUUCCCGGGAGGGCCGCCGGACGCCGCGGGGUGGCCAGCCGGAAUGAUGGUGUCGCCGCCGGUGCCACCGGAGCUCUACGUCGACCCCUACGGCGGGGCGGCGGCCGGGGCCGUGCCGCCGCCGUCCAUGCAGAUAAUGCCGUCGAUGAGCAGCCUCGAGGCGCUGCUCUCGAAGCUGCCCUCCGUCGUGCCGGCGGCGGCGGCGCCCUCGCCGCCGCCGGGGUCGUCGUCCAUGCCACCUACCGGCGCCGCCGCCGCGUCGUCAGCGCCGCCCAAGGAGGAAGCGGCCGAGGACGACUACGUCCAUUGCCACGGCAUGGACAUGGCGACGUCGUCGACCAACGGCGGCGGCGAGAGCACCGGCGGCGCUCCAUUGCCGUCGUCCUACUUCGUCAACGUGGGCGUCAAGCCCAGCGAGGGGUUUUAGCCUCAGUCCCUAGCUAAGCUACAGUUAGCUUAGCUACUAGCUACCUCUUCCUCAUGCCUCUCUCUCAAAGUGUACGUGUAGUCUCGUGUACUAUUAUUACCUGUGGGCGCCAAGGCAUGGCAAUGCAUGGCAAUGGUGUUCAUUCAUGAUCAUAUCUCUAGUGUCAAUUAAAUUCAAUUAAUGAAUUAAUCACUUGCUAAUUGAA